GCUGUCAACAAGCGUGCGCGCGGUGUGGCCUGUGUUAAAAGUUUUAUUAUCAAAAUAACUCGAAGAUAUCUUUAUAAAGUUCUAUUUGGGUUUGUUACUUUUUAGGUGUAUAUUUUACAAUGCCCCCGACGAUACAAAAUGGAACUACAUCACAAGAAAAACGGCCUGUUAAACCAGCAGAAAAAAAAUCCGACUUGAUAUGCAGAGUGAAAUAUUGCAAUACAUUACCUGAUAUACCUUUUGAUUUGAAAUUUAUAUCAUACCCAUUUGACUCAUCAAGAUUUAUACAAUUUAAUCCCACGUCGUUAGAGCGGAAUUAUCGCUAUGAAGUAUUAACUGAACAUGAUUUGGGUGUUGCCAUUGAUUUGAUUAAUAAAGAUAUUUAUGCUGUUGAACCUGGUGCUAUGCUUGAUCCAGCUGAUGAAAAACUUCUAGAAGAAGAUAUCUUAACACCACAAGAUUCUAAAAGAUCUAGACAUCAUGCAAGAUCUGUGUCUUGGCUUCGCAGAACUGAGUACAUUUCAACUGAACAGACAAGAUUUCAACCACAAAGUAUGGAUAAAGUUGAAGCAAAGGUUGGCUACAGUAUUAAGAAGAAUUUGAAAAAUGAAACGUUAUACAUGGACCGUGACUCACAAAUCAAAGCCAUUGAGAAAACAUUCAGUGAUUCAUUGAAUCCCAUUGAGAAGCAUUACAGCAAACCUAAUGUGACUGCUGUUGAAGUAUUACCAGUCUUUCCUGAUUUCAAUUUGUGGAAAUAUCCCUGUGCUCAAGUUAUUUUUGAUUCAGAUCCGGCGCCUGUUGGUAAACAAGUGCCUGCGCAAAUUGAAGAAAUGUCACAAGCUAUGAUUAGGGGUGUGAUGGAUGAACGUGGUGAACAAUUCGUUGCCUAUUUCUUACCAACUGAAGAAACCCUUGUUAAAAGAAGAGAAGACUUUGCUAAUGAAAUACCCUACCAAGAUGAUGAAGAAUAUGAGUAUAAAAUGGCAAGAGAGUACAACUGGAACGUGAAGAGUAAAGCAAGCAAAGGUUAUGAAGAAAAUUACUUCUUUGUGAUCAGACAAGAUGGUGCUUACUACAAUGAAUUAGAAACCCGUGUCAGACUGAGUAAACGUCGCCAGAAAGUUGGCCAACCUGCCAGCAAUACUCGUCUUAUUGUCAAACACAGACCAAUGGAUGCGAACGAAUUCAGAAUGCAAAGAUAUCGUGAAAAACAACUUGAACCGGCAGGCGAAGAAGACGAAGAAAUGGAAAUUGAACAAAAUGAGGAACAACAAGAAGUUGAAAGUACUUUUAAAGCGACGCGGAAUCGUCAAGAUCGAAAUCACCGUCACGUUCUAGGUCUCAGUCUAGAUCUAGAUCUCAGUCUAAAUCUCCAUCACGGUCUAGAUCUAGAUCCAAAUCGCGGUCAAGAUCUAGAUCGAAAUCUGCUUCUAGAUCCAGAUCACAUUCACGCUCCGGUUCCGGAUCACGUUCUCCUUCCAAAUCGCCGUCUAGAUCUAGAUCCGGAUCCAAAUCACGUUCACCAUCACGUUCUAGAUCACGUUCAAAGUCUAGGAGUAAAUCGCGCAGUAAAUCACCUUCUAGAUCCAGAUCCGGGUCGCGUUCACGAUCUGGGUCUCGCUCUAGAUCAGAGUCCGGAUCCGGAUCUGGAGGCAAGUCGGAUAGUGAUUAAAUACUUUCUUUUUGUACCGAUAUCAUUUAGGGUUUUAUUUAUUAAGUGUCUUGUCAUUGUUUAUUAGAUUUAGAUGUAAAUAUAGUUUAAUAAACAAUACCUGAAUA